CUGUUGUAGCGCGAGAAAUAAAAUUAAUUUCGUGAUACACUGAUAAAACCACGACAUUAUUGAAACAGAAAUAUAAUGUCUACAGUGCAUUGCGUAAGGUUUAAUACAGUAAAGUUAGGGUUCGAAUGAUAUCGAUAGGUAAAUGUGGACAAGUGAACUAUGCGUUCUGAAUAAUUUAUUUUUCUUACGAGAUAAACACUGCUCGCAUGGGUUUGCACACGAGUUGGCCUACAAAAGCAUCUAGAAGGACAGAAGAGGCUCGUUUGAGGCUCUCGAUUUGCAAAUGAAAACUGCGUGUUUGUCUGAAAAGCUACAGAGAGUAAAACACGAUUCAUCACAAUAAAAAUGCCGAGGUCUUCAGGGCAAAUUGAUGAUGGCUAACAAACAGAGCGUGCCCGCGCGCGCGUAAGAGAGCAACUCUGCGCGCCGAUUGGCUGGAAAUGACAUCACAUAGAAUUGUACUAUUCUUAGCUUGUGGAAACUGGAUGACCUCAUCUUUUUCCUCCCUCGCGCAGGUAUAGACAUACAACAACAAAUAAUGUUUGAGGCGCAGACAGACCGGAGAGGAGCACAGGAACACAACUACCGAGAAGAGAGAUAAAGGAUCUAUUUAUAAUCAAGCAGAUACAUAUAUAUACUUCAUGCUUUCUCCUCUUUGUGCUAUUUACAACGUUCCUCCACUAGCUUCGUUGGACUUAUUCAACAUUCUUUUGAUUUCCUACGCACUCUGCUGAUCUGUAACGGACUGGACUGGUUUCGGGAUAUAUAAAAGAAAUAUAUAUAUAUUUAAAAAACAAAUCAAGAGAUGGUGUACUACAGGGACAGUCAGUCCGAGCGGCCACCGUUGUCGCGUAUUCUGCCGCAUCUGUACCUUGGUGCAGAGACUGACGUAACGCAGGAUGGUUUGUCUGACCGAGGCAUCUCGUACGUACUGAGUGUGAGCCGAUGUUGCCCACAGCCUUCAUUUCUACCCCAGUCCCAGUACCUCCGUAUCCCAAUAGACGACUCCCUGCGGGAUGACCUGCUUCCUUGGAUUCCUCAGGCGUUGCACUUCAUUGAUGGGGCCAUGUCACGUGGCUCCUCAGUCCUGGUCCACUGUGCUGCAGGAAUCUCUCGGUCUCCAGCACUUGCUGUGGCCUAUGUCAUGUAUAACCUGAAAAUGGAUCUGGAUCAUGCAUACAGGUUUGUGAAAGAACGCAGACCUACAAUUUCACCCAACUUUAACUUCUUGGGGCAGCUGCAGCUCUUCCAGGGGACGCUGUCUUUAAAGAAUAAUAACACUAACCUUCACGUUCAGCAGUCAGUCAAACCUUUGGAUAACUGCAUACAGCCCACCAAUGAAAAAAACAACAGCAGUUCCACAGUGGCACUGUUAACUAACCUGAACCUUCACAACAACAUGGACAACAACUGUAUUAUUAAUGGAUGUCCUGAGGAUUCCAAAGCAAACUUGCACUGUGAGAACAAGAACAACCAAAUGGAAACUAUUCAGAGCCAAGGCCAAUGCUAUGAGGUGAUGAAGCCAGAGUUUACAUUAUCUCUUUCAGACAAGCUCGGAGCGCUCACUCUCCGCACAAAUCCUGUAGAGGUACAAAGAUCAGUCAACGUCACAUCUCAGACACAGCAGGAUGAACCAAAGUCCAACCUAUCCAAGCCUACUUACCUUCAGAUUCCGUCUCUACAGGAGAAACGCAAAAGCCUUACUCUUUCCCUAUCACCAGUGAGUGCAGUUACUCAGACUCACCAGAAAGGGUCAUCAGUGAACAGCUGUGAUCUGAGGCAGAGCAGUUCCACGGUUGACCAGACGGGGGCGUUAGAUGACCUCGGAAGAGUCCAUUUGGAGCCGUCAGCAUCAGAAACCAGAACAGAACCAAAAGAGGCAAACGGUUUUAUCGUCGAGGAAGCUUCAGCUAGACUCAGCAUCUCGAAAUCCCAAAGAAGAAAGAGUAAACUAAACAGCAGUAACCCCAGAGCAAAUGCGGAACUACCAAAAACAAACCAACUGAACCAUUCAAGCACAAGAUCAAAGAGGCAGACCCGGGUACCGUGUGGUAUCAUAACCUCCCCGGAGGAGCAUUUCGAGAAGGAGGUUAUUGGUGGUGUAGAAGCAGUGGAGGGUAUGGUUGGAGACCGGAGCCCCUUGUCUCCAGUAAGUCUAACAGUCAACAAAAUACUGGACUGGGGUGAACGCAUGCUGCUUGGGGUCCUACUUGGCCCACGUGUUAAACUGGGACAGGCUGCUUUGCCAUACAGAUGUUGAAGAGAGACUGGCUGUAUGGACUGCGCUAUUUAAAAAUACAGGUGUAAACAAGGACUUUACACCGUAUCUCCCUAAUGAUCUGAAAGAACUUAAAUGAGGAAAACAACACUAUGGAUAAAAAAAAGCAUAUGUAUGAUUGUGUGAAUUCACUCAUUUAUUUAUUUAAUGAAAUUGCAUGUUCCUCCAAGACUAUUUUGACAGACUCACGUCAUCUGAUGGACUGGUGAUAUGUGAAUAAAUGACUGAACGUUUGCAAGAACACGUGCGAUUUGUUUUAUUAUAAUGCACAGCCUCUCUGUGACUUUAUUUAUUGAAAUACACUGAUGAUUGUUAUUUAUAAAGGGGUAUUUUGCAGGUGUAAUUUUAAAUCUAUAGCUUGUAUUGAAUCCAGUGUUCAUUAAAGACAAUUAUUUUA